GUUCCGGUUGAAAGUUUUUGAACGAAGAACUAGUUCGUCGGCAGUUUUUCAAACGAGAAACUAGAAGAUGAGGCUUUUUGUCAGAGAGAGAAGCCACAUCGAUCGGUCUCUGUGCACCGGAACAUGUUGCUGUGGAUUCAGGAGUGACGCUGACGAGUGACGAGAAAAUUGUAGAGAUCUGCUGAUGCAUGUCAGCUUGCAGAUGUAACUGCAAGUGGAGCAAAAAAUCACAACUACUUGUGAUCACAAUCUUUCAUUGAAAAACGCAGGGUUCGAACAUGCUCGAAAUACAAUAUAUAAUGUUUUUCUUUCUGCUCUGUUGUUGCUUUGCCCAAUAUAAGUCGCUUGGUACUCUCCAAAUUAACGUGCAACGAAAUUGGAAUUUCCGACUGGUGUAGUACGAGAUGAAGACGUUCACAUUCUGUGUUAGAGUUUGACGGUGGUUGCGCCAAUAAUUUUUUCCUUAGAUCCAUGUACUUAGAAGUUCUUUCAAGUGCAACGUUUAUGUUCCACAAAGCUGAGUCAGUUUUCGAUGCUAAGACUCACAUUUUUUAUUUAUCAGGCGCACUCAUAUUUUCUUGAAGCACGCUUUUAUCAAAGAAUGCAGCUUUGAUACGGUGUCGCCAGACUUGGGUUUGUGAAGAUUCGAUGCAAAAGGAGAGGAGGAGGCAUAAGGAGCCAUUCAAAGUCAUCCAUUCUUGACGAGGAAGUGACUUCGACGAGAAAUCGCGCCCCGCAUCCGAACAUCAAGGUGAAGCUGUGCAUAUUGUGCAAGCGGGAAACUUCUAAAAAGCUAGCAGAUUGAAAACGGACGGUUUGAGCGAAAGAAGAGGACGUAAGACAUUGACAUCACUUCGGUUGAUUUGACCUUGACGCAACAAUGGGAAAGCAGCAGCUUCUCGCUCAGGGCUCGCGUGGCCUUCGCUCGGCUCUCUCACGGGUGGGAUCAGUGGGACGACCCGAGCAAUCAUGUAGUUCUUGUGGAGCAGCGUCAUACUCAACCGGAAGCAGCUCGUCGUCAUCUUCGUCCUCAUCUCGACGACGAGGUUUCGCACUAGGUGAAAGCAGCUAUGAGUGGAGCUCGAUUCAGCAUAACAGUCAUGCGACGAAGACACCACUUGUAUUGAGGUCAGCGCGAGCUUUCAGUAGUGGGCCGGCGCCGGAAGGAGAAACCCCAGAAUUUGUCCGAACGGAGUCGGUAGCGACAAAAGCAAAGGCCGGCGAAGGUGGUCAAAACCAGAACGGGCAUCAUGGAGUUUCCUUAGAUCGGCGUGAGUUCAUUCGACAGUAUGCUACGCAGCUGACGGAGCAUUACACAAUAGAAAAAGAGCUCGGGAGCGGCGGUUUCGGUAGCGUCUUCCUCGUCACCCACAAGCUCACUGGGCAGCAACGCGCAGCAAAGCGAAUUCAUAUGAGCAAACUUAAAGAUAACUGGGAUAUGCUGGAGAAUGAGGUAACACUCAAUGAAAAUCUCUGUUAAGAUUUCGUUCAUGAUAUGAAACAAGUCAAUAGCCGCGUGUCUUGCCACGUGUCUUUUUAGUGAAAAUGUUUCAAGAACAAGACUCCUAUCAAUCCCUACUGCACAACGACAACGACAACCAUGCUUACAGGUAAAGGCAAUGAUGGAUCUCGACCAUCCACAUGUAUGCAAGCUCUACGAGUGCUUCACGGAGGCUGAGCACGUUUAUCUGGUGCUCGAGCUUCUUCGCGGGCCUGAUCUUUUCGAGCACAUGAUGAAUAUCUUCGGAGAUGCGCGACACGACCCUCCUCAUCGAUUUAGCGACUAUGAGGCAGGAGUCCUCAUGAGGCACAUGCUUAAAGCAGUUUUCUGUUGCCACUCCGCGAAUAUCGUUCACCGCGAUAUCAAGCCCGAAAACUUCAUGUUUGCCCAUGACGUACUUUUUCAUAUCCUGUAAAAUUUCAAUGGUGAUCUUGAUAGGAUGCAUGCUAUUGCGAAUAUUGCCAUGCAUAGGUACAUCCAAUCCUGAAACUUCCUGUUCACUCAACAGCGUCUCUCUGUAAUUGGAUAUUCUUUCGAAAAUUAAGUAGAAGUUAGAAGCUGGUGAUGCAUGUUUAUAUAUAAGUACCGGAGUAUACAGCAAAUUGAGAUCCACUCAACAUCUUGACUUCUUCUAGCAAUUCUAUGACCUCAACUUGCUCGUCCUCCUUGAUGAUAUAAUCAGAAUAUGGACAAUCCGGAUUUGCGUAUGAUUGAUCUGGGACUCGCGAAACGCACUGCCGAUCCUAUAUCGGGUAUGAUGGGAACUGUUGCCUACAUGGCUCCAGAGAUGUUGCAGGGCCAGCCCUACAACCGAAAGUGUGACUUGUGGCCUCUAGGCGUUAUCGGGUAUAUCAUGCUUACGGGUGAGCCUUUGUUUUCUCUCGUAAACGACGAGGACGCAGUGAAAGAGAUUCUGCAUCCGGGAAUGCUGAAACGAAGGCUGCAGCAGCAUCGGCGGGUUCUGAGUAGGGACGCCAUGGAUUUUCUGAAGAAGAUGAUGCAGCACGAUCCGACACGACGAUUGAACGCGAAAGAGGCGCUUUCGCAUCCAUUCGUGAUGAAAACAUACAUGCAGGACGCCGAUCGGUUGACAGCGUCGGGAGCCGGUCCAAGGGAAACCAUAUCCAUGGACGAGAUUAUCCGUCGUAUGCGGCUUUACUUAUGAAAGAAAUGAUGAAAGGUCCAUUGAGAUUGGGAUAUGAAUAGACGAUAAGAAAAGACUUGUUCGCUUACGCUUAGAAUGGGCAUGCGAAGUGAUAGAUUGUUUCUGCUAGUGAAGGAUUAUUUUCUUCCAUUCAUCUGUAGAAAGUCCACCAUCAUGUAGUUUUCUUGGUAAAUCAUCCUAGUCGUGUAGUCGAAGAUCUCUCUAAGACAUGCAGAGCUUCCGAUGUUGAAGCGGGCAGCAUUGGUUGUGCUGGCUCAUAUGGUGGGGACCUCGUCAGUCGAACUGGAGCGGUAUCGUCACGCAUUCCGGCAACUAGACACGGAUGGAGGUGGCAGCGUAGAUAUGCAGGAAUUUCGCGACGGCGUGAAGGCACAAGCCUUGGCUCAGCAAGUGGACCCGGAGAGCAUCAUUCCUGAUGAUUUUGAAUCCUUUCUGUGGCCCAGUGUGGAUUUGAAUCAGUCCGACGACUUGAAUUUCACCGAGUUCCUUGCUGCCUGUUUGUCUGCGGACAUGCACGAUCUAUACGCAGAAAAUCACUGGCGGGCAGUCUUUUUCGUGCUUGACGCGAAUGGCAGUGGCGCGCUGAAUGCCGACGAUCUAGUGGUUCUGUUCCACGGAAACAGCACCAGCGACGAAGAAAUCGUAAAGAUGUGGAGUGAAAUCUGCGUAGACCGCGACACGCAGAUCGAUAUCGAGUCAUUCGUAUCACUCAUGAUGUCAAAAGACUACCACUGUAAAGUUUCGUCCCCCCGUGCGCCCGCGUGA